AUGAGUGACACCCAAGACCCUGCCACUGCCCCUGCGGUUGCCACCCAGGUAAAGCUGGGGGGCUGGAGCCGUCAAGGCGUGGGCAGUGGGUCUCUCCGUUCCCCCCAGCACCAGGAGCUCCAGGCCUUCCUCAGCCUUCUGGAGCACAGUUUCCUCCAGGAAUUCCUCUCCAAAGAUCCCUGUUUCCAGAUUUCGGAUAAGUACCUCCUGGCUAUGGUGCUGGUCUACUUCCAGCGUGCCAACCUGAAGCUCUGCGAGUACACCCACAGCAACCUGUUCUUAGCUCUGUACCUUGCAAAUGACAUGGAGGAGGAUCUGGAGGACCCCAAAUGUGUGAUUUUUCCAUGGGCCCUGGGCAAAGAUUGGCGUCGUCGCAUGUCAGACUUUCUGCACCAGAGGGACAAGCUGUGGGCACGGAUGGGCUUCCGGGCCGUCGUGAGCCGCCAGUGCUGUGAGGAGGUCAUGGCCAAGGAGCCGUCCCACUGGGCCUGGACUCGGGAUCGGCGCCCCCACCACGGCAGGGCUCAGAGGAGCUGUCCAAAGGCCCAGGUUCCCCUCCCCCGAGGCCCCGGCCUCUCGCCACCCCACUGUUCCCUCUGUGGCUUGCCCCCUCACCGCAGCCACUGCUGCCACUACCCCUGCCCCUUGCCUGUCUUAUCCAAGUGCCCUUCCCCAGACCCCGAGUGGCAUCGUGCUGCCUGCCAAGCCUGUGUCUCAGUGCCUGAAGACCCCUGGGGUGGGGGCUUCCUCAUCGUCCUGCCGCUCCGGCUGCAGCUGGAGCCAGGCACCUAUACCCUCCACCGUGAGUUGGGGACAGGAGCUGAGGGUGGCCUUGGGAGCCCAGGAGGCGGGUAUGGGGCCCAACAGAAUGAGAAGGAGGGGCACGGGGCCUGGGGUCCAGCAGGCCUGGGCACCAUCCCAGCUCUGCCACCUCCUGGCUGGGUGAGCUUGACAAGUUUCCUCUCUGAGCUGCUCUCUGUCCUUCUCCCCCUAGUUUUCCCAAAGCCUCGGCAGUGCCCUGGGCGCUGACACUCACUUGCAGGGUGAACAGCAGCCUGCUGGCUUGCCCGCUGACCCAGCGCUCUACUGGCUGCGCCCCUGUGGCCUCCUGUCUAUGGACCUCAGGCUGGCAGUGCUGCCCCUGCCCCCUGCCCCCUCCUCCCAACUUGCAACUGUACCCACUCUGACCGGGGUCCCCUCUAAUAAACUCGUGUCCACAGGACACCAACUGUGCUCAGGCCCCAGCCUGGCUCCUUGACCCAGGGUGGGAGUGGGAAGGGAGUUGGGGGGAGAGGGGGAUCUGCCAGGUUGAGGUGCCAGUUGUUGAGACCCAUGAGCACAGGCUCUGGAACAGAUCUUCCCCUUCCCAUUGGUGGCCAGUCGUCCUGAGCCUCAGUUUCCCCUCUGUGACAUCACCUAUGGAUGAUGAGAUCUACACAGUGUAGAGGGGAUUGAAGGGGACAAGGUGUGUGUGUAGUCCUUAGAAGAGGGCCUGGAACCUAACCUAUUGGACUAAAAAGCUCAAAUGGAAACAGCUCUAUAGUCAGUCUAGAAAUGCCUGCAGGGCCCGGGCUGUUUAGAAAUAAGACUUAGUCCUUGCCCUGGGCUGCAAUCAAACAUAAUGUAAUUAUUAUAAUACAACCCCCCACAAAAGUAAAUUUGUUAAUGAGGGAGCAUGGAAGGCUUUCCAGAGGGUGGCAUUUGAACUGGGCCUGAACAAUGUCAAUUUUGCCCAUGGGGGGGCAAGGGGGAAGUUGUGAGGAAGGAUAUUUUUGGAAAGACAGUCUAGACUAGUGACUAAGACUUAGUCUCUGGUGCCAGACAGCUUAAGUUCACAUUCCAGGUUCCUGUGUGAUCUUGGUGUGUAAUUUAAUCUCCUCCAUUGCCGCAUCUGUGAAAUGGGUCUAUACUAAAAUGGGUGUUAUGAGAUUUGAAUGAGUUAAUCCCUAGAAGAGUUUAGAACAGUGCUGCUGGAAUAGAGCUCAGUGAACCAGGGUGUAGAGGGAACUGCUGCCUAGAGGGGAGGGUGUGUUGGGGAGAGGUAGAAGGAAGACGGAGAAGGCUGGAGAAGUAGCUACAAGGGUCAGAUGGCAGAGGAAUCCCCUGCAUACUCAACGAGUGGCUCCCAAGGAGCGAGGUGGUAAGAAAGCCUGGAGAUUGCGGACAUUAGAAGCCAAGACAAGGGCUAGGAAGUAUUUUUAAUUUGUUUUUCAAAUAGGUAAUAUCUUCACAUGUACAUUUUGCAUUUUGAACUGAGUCACCUCCUACCCCUGACUCCUGGCCACCUGGUUCCCCUCCCUGGAAGCAGUGAAAGUAACAAUUUAUGUCCUUCCAGAGAAAGAAUCUAAACAUACAUAACCAAAUGUGGUGUAAUAAAAUAUAUAUAUAUAUUUGGUCUUUGUUCCUGGUUUCUGGCACAGAGCUCUUAAAACCCUUGGAAUCUCCUAAGUGAUAGGAGUGUCUUUUGUUAUUCAUGAUGAGCCCCUUUCAGCCACAUCUGAGUUUCUGCUAAUGAGGUGACUCAGGGUAGGGCCCCUACAGGGCUUCAAGGUGGGGGCUGGUCACCAGUAAAACCAAUCUAGUGGGUGCAGAACUUUGAGCUCCCCCACCACCUCCGGGGAGGGG